UUUACACCCCUAACUCCUUUUCCUCCCUCUUUUUCCCACAAGAAAAACACAAUGGUUUUAGUAAUUAUCAUGCCCUUUGUACUUGUAUUCUUAAGUUGGUUCAUCAUUAAAUUAACUUAUGAAACAAUCUCAUUUUAUUGGCUUAUUCCAAGACGUAUCAACAAAGUAAUCCAAAAACAAGGUAUUCGUGGCCCUAAACCUCGCCCUCUUAUAGGCAAUCUCCUAGACGUGGCUUCCCUUGUGUCUUCUUCCACCUCUAUUGACAUGCCUUCCAUCUCACAUGACAUCGUCGGCCGUCUCCUCCCACAUUACCUCUUAUGGUGUCAUAAAUAUGGAAAGAGGUACAUAUAUUGGAAUGGAUUUGAGCCAAGGAUGUGCUUAACAGACCCAAAUAUGAUCAAAGAAUUGCUAACAAAAUACAACUCUUUGUUUGGAAAAUCAUGGCUUCAACAACAAGGCUCCAAAAAUUUUAUAGGAAGUGGUUUACUUAUGGCUAAUGGUGAUGCUUGGUACCACCAAAGGCACAUUGUUUCCCCUGCUUUUAUGACUCAUAAGAUUAAGAGUUAUGCAGGGUAUGUAGUGGAAUGCACUAACAACAUGCUCCAAUUGCUGGAAAACAAAUUGGAAUCGGGUCAAGAUGAAGUGGAAAUUGGAGAGUUAAUGACUAAUCUUACUGCAGAUAUCAUUUCAAGAAUUGAAUUUGGGAGUAAUUUUGAAAAAGGAAGAAAAAUUUUCAAUCUUCUUAAUUUGUUGCAAAAACGUUGUGCCCAAGCUAGUAAGCAUCUAUGUUUACCGGGAAGCCGGUUUUUUCCGAGCAAGUACAACAAAGACAUAAAAUCUUUAAAAACCGAACUAGAAGGACUAUUAAGGGAGAUAAUCGAGAGUCGAAAAACAUGUUUUGAAAUGGGUAUAAGCAAUUCGUAUGGCAAUGACUUGUUAGGGAUUCUAAUGAAUGAAUUUGAAAAGAAGAGAGAUGGAUUUGGUUUGAAUUUACAAUUGAUAAUGGAUGAAUGCAAAACAUUCUUCUUUGCUGGGAAUGAAACUACUGGUCUUUUGCUCACUUGGACUAUCAUGCUCUUAGCUAGUAACCUUGAAUGGCAAGAGAAAUUAAGAAAUGAGGUUGCGCUAGUUUGCAAUGGUGCUACACCUUCUAUUGAUCACUUGCCUAAACUUCGAUUGUUGAGUAUGAUAAUAAAUGAAUCCUUAAGAUUAUACCCGCCUGCCACACUUUUACCUAGGAUGGCAUUUGAAGACAUAAACUUAGGUGAUCUUCUAAUACCAAAAGGAUUGUCAAUAUGGAUCCCGGUGCUUGCCAUUCAUCACGACAAAGAACUAUGGGGUGAAGAUGCAAAUGAGUUUAAUCCAAUGCGUUUUGCUUCCAAAUCUUUCAUUUCUAGUCGUUUCAUUCCAUUUGGUGCUGGUCCUAGAAAUUGUAUAGGACAAAAUUUUGCCAUUUUAGAAGCCAAGAUUAUAUUAGCAAUGUUGGUUUCAAAGUUCAAAUUCACAAUAUCACAUAAUUAUCGUCACUCUCCCAUCGUAGUUCUUACAAUUAAGCCUAAACAUGGAGUUCAAGUGUGCUUGGAGCCUCUACAUAGAUGAUCUUCUAAAAUUGUAGGAUCGAAAUUUAUUUUUUCUAUUUUUUCUAUUUUUUGUGUGGGUGUUUUGGUCGAAUUUCUUGUACUAUUCACACCAUACCUCUUAAGCUUUGUAGAUGUGACGCAAAUUAAUUUGAGCUCGCUUCAGCUUCUAUAAUAUAGUAGAGUACAUAAUUGUCACCAUAGGAAUGUAUGCUUGAGCCUUCUUAGAUCAUAACUCAGUUUGUUCUAUUAUAAAUCUUAUGAAUAUUAAAUUAUA